CAAAACCUCUUAUGUAACUUGUUCGUUUUAACUUCAUGGAGAACUCUGAGCAGCGUGGUUUGAGUCAAAUACUGUAAAUGACUUGAACUCAACCCUCAGCCAAUAGAUCUGCUUGAAAUUAUCCCCUGUAUGCAUCACAUGGCACUGUGCAUUUCUUCAAAUCGAGGGUGACUCAUUCAUUCAGACUGCACACCCAAUACAGAGAGAGAGACAGACGGAGAGAGAGAGAGAGAGAGAGAGAGAGGAACAACCACCUACCGCUGUGCCAAACUUGAGGCCAACCUCUCUCCUCCCAUCUCAUUCUUUCCUAUAUGGGCACUCACAGAUGAGUUUGCAGACAGCGCAGUAACAGGCUGAACACUUGGGAGAACGAAGACAAGACUCUCAGACCACAAAAUAAUAAAGAAAAGUUAACAGACGACUCUACAGAUCUCCUCGGAGCAGAGUUUUUUCUUCCUCUGACCAGCUUUAAAAAGAUAGGUGCAAUGGCGACACCCAAAAACACUCCCCGAGGUGCAAACACUCCGCUGUCCCCCAACCGUAUCACCCGGCUCCAGGAGAAGGAGGACCUGUCCAACCUCAACGACCGUCUGGCCGUCUACAUCGACAAGGUCCGCUCUCUGGAGUCUGAGAACGCCGGGCUGCGGCUGCGCAUCACUGAGUCUGAGACAGAGGUCAGCCGGGAGCUGACAGGCCUGAAGGCCGCCUACGAGACCGAGCUGGCCGAUGCCCGUCAGACUCUGGACUCCGUGGCCAAAGAGCGAGCACGUCUGCAGCUGGAGCUGGGCAAGCUGAGAGAGGACUACAAGGAGCUGAAAGCCAGGAACACCAAAAAGGAGUCGGACUUGCCUGGGGCGCUGCAGAGGCUCAAAGAUCUGGAGGCUCUGCUGAACUCAAAGGAUGCAUCCUUGACUACAGCUCUGGGAGAGAAGCGUAACCUCGAGGUGGAAAACAGGGACCUGAAAGCCCAGGUUGCCAAGCUUGACACCAGUUUGGGCGACGCCAGGAAACAGCUGCAGGACGAGAUGCUGAGGAGGGUGGAUGGAGAGAAUCGCAUCCAGACUCUCAAAGAGGAGCUGGAGUUUCAGAAGAACCUCCACUCUGAGGAACUGCGGGAGAUAAAGCGGCGCCAUGAGUCUCGUAUGGUUGAGUUGGACAACGGCCACCAGCAGGAGUUUGAGAGCAAGCUGGCAGAGGCGCUGGUGGAAAUGCGAAACCAGCAUGAACUGCAGAUCAAAAUGUACAAGGAUGAGAUUGAGAAGACCUACAAUGCCAAGCUGGAAAGUGCUCGUCAGUCGGCGGACAGGAGCAGCCACCUGGUGGGAGCAGCACACGAGGAGCUGCAGCAGAUACGAAUGCGCCUGGAGUCCACAUCGUCUCAGCUCAGCCAGCUGCAGAAACAGUUGGCGGCUCGUGAGGCGAAGAUAAGGGACCUGGAGGACGCUCUGUCUCGGGAGCGGGACACCACGCGUCGCCUGCUGGGAGAGAAGGACAGAGAAAUGGCUGAGAUGAGGCAACAGAUGCAGCAGCAGCUGGAUGAGUACCAGGAGCUCCUGGACGUCAAGCUGGCUCUGGAUAUGGAGAUAUGCGCUUACAGGAAGCUGCUGGAGGGAGAGGAGCAGAGGCUGCGUCUGUCCCCCAGCCCUCCGCCCACCAGAGUGACAGGAAGUCGUUCCUCUACCUCAGCAGCUCACUCUCGGUCAGUCCACUGCAGCGCCCAGAGCUCUCCCGCCAAGAGGCGCCGCCCCAACGACACAGACAGCGAGGCCUCCAGCUUCGCGGGAGGGGCCGUGGCUCGCACUCGCAUCACCCAGCAGGCGUCAGCCAGCGGACGGGUCACUGUGGACGAGGUGGACCUGGAUGGGAAAUAUGUCAGACUCAGCAACAAAGCAGAUGAGGAUCAGAAUUUAGGGAACUGGCAGGUGAAGCGGCAGAUGGGAUCUGGUGUCCCCAUCAUCUUCAAGUUCCCGGCUAAAUUCACCCUGAAGGCCGGGCAGAGGGUCACGAUCUGGGCCUCUGCUGCCGGCGGAACCCACAAUCCUCCCUCUGACCUGGUGUGGAAGACUCAGCCCUCCUGGGGCACCGGAGACCUGUUCCAGACCACUCUGAUCAGUGCCAGCGGAGAGGAAAUGGCAAUGAGGAAAGUCACCCGCACACAGUUUGAAGAAGACGACGAUGACAUGGUGGCUCACAGCACUUGUGGGGACAGUGAGUACAACCUGCGGAGCCGGACCGUGGUCUGCGGCUCCUGCGGACUUCCCUCAGACAAAUCCAGCAGCUGCUCCGUGAGCUCGGCUUCCCGCUCCUUCCGCAGCGGCGGCAUCUCCGAGGGUUUACUGCCACACUCCUACGUGUUCAGCGCCAGCACCCCUCGCAAGUCCGGAGCCAGAAUGGAGAGCUGUCCAAUCAUGUGAAGCCCUGGAUUCAUGGUGAAACCUGUUAGUUUUCAGUUAUUAGUUCUUCAGUUACCAGUUGUAGUUAUUAAGUUCAGUUCAUGUACUUUGGAAUAAUUUUCAAGACAUUGUAUGCAAUAAAACUUUUUACAUCUUUUUUAUAAUGUACAUAGGCAUGCAUAUGAAAUAUUUUCUUGAAUUUAAAUGGUGAUUAAAUCAGUCGCUUCUUUUUGUAUUGGUGACAUUAGGAAUAUGAGACUUCUACCAUUCGUCCUCCUGAUCAGAAAUUUAAACACUUCAGCGAUGUAAAACAACUGUUUGGGCUAAUUUAUUCUAAAAAACGUGUUUUCUCGUAAAUAAAAAGUGGGUGAUAUCCAUUAUUGCGGGUAAAAUUAAAAAAAAGAAAGAAAAUAAAAUCAUACUUUCUUAAACUGUUAAAUUAGAUUUUCAUCACGCUCUGUAAACAUACUGACGCAGCAGGGUUGCAGUGAAGUCAUUUGUGAGCAGUUAUUUUUAAAAAUACAUUUAUUUUUUAGGUAAAGUAAAUUGUCCCCAGCCUUGCUACAGAUCCACAGAAUAUUGUGUAUUUUUCCUGGAUAUUAAUAAACAUGUUUUCACAAA